CUCUGGGCUCAGGGACACUGAGGGAAUCUUUGGGAAUGGGGAUCCCCCAGGAGAGGAGGCAGGGUUCCCCCCACGUGGAUCCACCGCCCACCCGGCACGGUCAGGGCUAAUCCUGACACCUCCUCCCCACCAGAGCAGGGGAAGGACACUGGAUUACCCCUGGGGAAAGAAGGGAGGGAAAUAAUCCUAUUACCCCCAGGCAGGAUAAAUCUCCCUCCCCGAAAAGCCCCCCAGAGCAUCUCUGGGCCUCGGGACGGAGGGGAGCGGGCGGAGGGAGCAGCUGUGGAGUCGGGACUCGCGGGACUCUCGGGUGUGAGGAGCCGUCCCUGGCAGCGCCGGAUCCGCAGGGAGCGCCGUGAGCCGGGGCUGCCGGCCCCCCACAGCCAUGAGCCUGGAGCCCCCCAAGCUGGAGGUCAAAUCGGCCACGAGGGUGACCGGGGGUCCUGCCACCCCCCGCAAGGGGCCCCCCAAGUUCAAGCAGAGGCAGACGAGGCAGUUCAAGAGCAAACCCCCCAAAAAGGGGGUGCAGGGGUUUGGUGAUGACAUCCCAGGCAUGGAGGGGUUGGGAACAGACAUCACUGUCAUCUGUCCCUGGGAAGCCUUCAGCCACCUGGAGCUGCACGAGCUGGCUCAGUACGGAAUCAUUUAGGAUUUGGGCAGGCUCACCACCCCCGUAGUGUUGUGUAGGUCGAGGCCCCCCCGCCCAUGCUGGGGGGGCUCAGCUUGAAAAAAUGUUCAUUAAACUCA